CCGGCUGCCUGUCUGUUCAUGUGCGAACAUCACUAACGGAGGGCGAAAUGCAUGGUGGCCACGAAACAUAUUUUUCAUCUUCUUUAGAUUCUAACAACAGCGCAGAUAAAAUGCCACCAUUUUCUCAAUGCUAUGGGACGAAGCCUGGGACGAAACCGUUGAUGAAGAAUUUUUGUGGAUUCCGUUCUGGUUCGUUUGGAAUUAAUCGAGAGAUCGUGAACAGAAUUGACCAACAAAUUGAGUGCAAUGUGGGAUGUAAUGUGUCUAACUUGACUUCCAAAAAGUUGGCACCCAUAAACUGUGGUCAGCUCAGUGCAGCAAUUAACGAUCAAGCGACUAUGCUGCGUUUGAGAUCUGAAGUACCCCAUCUAACAAGAAAAGAUGUUGCAGAGGUUCGGUUGCCAUUCUUUGAACUACUCUGUCAUGAACUCUUGGAAAAUGGUUAUCACUACGCGUUCUCAGAAAUGUUCUCGAUAUAUCAAGCGCAAAAUGAGGAAAGAAGCGACGCAGGUCCGGAAUCAGCAUUAUGGUACAUCCCACCUUUGUCCGAGCAAUCCGACAAAAUGCGAUUAGUGGCACAUCAUCUAACAGAGGCCGAAGCUGCUUCUCGGAGGGGUGAUGCUCACACGGUGUUCACUAUGUGCCUACUACUCGGAUUAUCAUUUCUUCAAAAUUCAGACGAUCAAUGGCUUUCAGAACACUUUUUCAAACAUGCGCUUGAAGCCGCCAAGAUGAUCAAAGACGAUGAUGGAUUGAAGCUUGCUCUUGCACAUGAACACUGUGGUCAAAUUCUGCAAGCCCGAGGAAAACUUGCGGAAGCGUCGGUUAGUCUACAGGAAUUUCACCGAUUAACAAGGAAUAAACUGUGGAAAAACAAUCAAGGACAGUUAUUACAGAAAUUGGCAUCGACUUUAUUGGUAGAAAACUACCAACGACAAAUUGACGAAUGUCCCCCGGACUACCAUUCUGACCGCAUACAGCUGUGUCACAAGGCGCAAAAAAUCGCCAUUGAAUGUGACGACUGGAAAGUUGAAGCACCUGUUUCUCUCCGGCUAGGAGAAUUAUUGGAAGAGGCCGGACGCCUUGAUGAAGCACUGUCUGUUCGACGUGAAUUUUUUGAAAAAGCUUGCAUGAAAGGUGACUAUUUGAACCUCGGCCGAGUUUGUGAAGCAUUGGCCAAACUGUGUCACAGGAUGAACAAAAUGGAAGAAAGUAUCCAGUAUUUACAAAAGUUCGCACAGUCCUGUGAACGGCAUGGACAGUGGCUGGAGCUUGGUCGGGCAUGCCAGAUGCUGGGAACUGCCUAUGAUACCGUCGGCGACUACACCUCGGCUCUGAAAUGGAUGAAGAAAUCUUACAAUCUCCCACAUAUGAUACAGGGACUAAAACCGGAUUUGAUGAAAGAUACUACUGAGGCCGCUCGCAUUAUGAUAGGUGUUUCACGGGCACACCUUAUGCACGAUCGUUAUGCUAAAAACGUCCUUCAAUCUACCUCAAAGUCGGUUCAUCGAAUAGUCAAAUGGAAGGCUAGUCCUAAGGACGAAGAAAAACUCUUUGAUCUCCAUGAACUCAACGUUCCACCUGUUACAUUUAUUACUCGCAGGCCAAAAAGGGAUAUGCUACAUUGUGCACAUGAUCCCGUUACGGGAUUUCUGCAUCAUUAGCUUACUCUCAAUCGGAAUGGAGUGUAUCAGGUUAUAGCUGGUUUCAUCAAGGCAAAAUGCGAUCAGAACUUUACUUUCAACACAGCAAUGCAAUGAUGCAUUAUUUGGGUAGAUCAGCUUGAACAGACAAAAUAAAACAAUUGUU